CCUACGGAUCAAGAGAGGUCAAGCCCACUAGUUUCUAGUGGAAGGACGAAAAAAUAGCGAAAUAUAGUUUGUAGAAAAUGACGCUGACAAGAGUUCUUCAGAUUCUAGUCCUAUCUUCUUUAAUAUUCGGAUGUUUCUCCAAUUCUCAUAACAUACGAGAUGAAUUUUCAAGAAAAUUUAGACGUGCUGCACCUUCUGCUGAUGCUGCUGGAAAAGAUCCUUGUAAGAAUCCAAUGGACCUUUUAUUCGUGCUCGACAGCUCCGAAAGCGUCGGUGCAGCUAACUGGGAGAAGAUAUUAAACUUCACGAAGAAAGUUGCCUCAAAAUUUGACGUCAAAUACACACGUUUUGGUGUCAUCCAAUAUCACUCUAUCCCAGAGGUUCCUAUCGUUUUAAGGUCGUUCCACGACAACACAACCUUGGAUGAUGCUAUUGGAAGUAUCUAUUACAAGCCAGGAUCCACACGUACCGACCUAGCCAUCACUAAAGCAGCCGAGGUAUUCAAUACAUCUCCUCUGCGAAAAGCAAGUCGAGUUGCCAUAUUUGUCAUCGGUGGUCGGUCCACGGAUCUAUUUGUUUCCAAAGGACAGAGCAUCAAUGCAACAGACUUAAUUAAAGAGCCAUCAGCUGCGCUGCAUGCUGCUCAUGUUGCUGUAUAUGCAGUUUCUGUUUCAGAGGGUCUUCCAGCAGCGGAAAGUACGGCCUUCAAGGCAGAGCUCAAUAUCCUGACCAGUAAUCCUCCACUUGACCACAUCUUUGAAAGUACUACUUUUGAUGAUCUGCUUUCUACUAAACCAGCUGAAGUUGCCAAGAAAACCUGUAUCGUUAAUGGCGGUAUGUCAGCCUGGUCAGCCUGGUCUACCUGCAGCGUCACGUGUGGAACUGGAACAAGAGUGCGCAUGCGUACUUGCAACAACCCAAAGCCUAAUAACGGUGGAUUACCUUGUACAGAAAGCACUGUUGAAACUGGAGAAUGUAGCGUCCAACCCUGCCCAGGACAUGGAUCUUCUAAUCCCGGAAUUACCACGGCACCCUCGGCCUCGUCGUCUUCAAAUUCAACCCUCCCUUCUUCAUCAUUAAUGCCUAAUGCAACUAACCCAUCAUCAUCUGGCAAUUCCUCUGCUCUUUUUCCAAAAAACCCAAAUGCAAACUCUACUAAUCCACAAUUGACCAAUGGAUCAUCAACGCCAUCUUCUCAAAAUGUGACUUUGCCACCUGAACCGUCAACUCCAAAUGCUACAAUGACUCAAAUCCCUUUGCCGUCAAACUACACCCCAUCGACACCUGAUGUUAACAAUACCUCUCCAAUGCUACCAAAAUAUAACCUCACAUCGUUAAUCUCUAAUAAAACCCGACCAUCUACGAAUAACCCGGCAGUUCCCAAGCCAGAAGCAGAGUCCCCAUGGCCAGCUACGUCAAGCAGCUGUAAACCUAAUCAGCCUGCUUCCUAUGGCUACCCAGAUCUCAGAACAUGUGGCAAUGGUUUUGAACCCAUAAGCUUGUCGCCUCAUCAGCUUUCUGCCUCGUCAACUUACUCCAAAGAUACUGGUGACAAGAUCAUUCAGUUCCGACAUGCGCCUUACAACGGCAUCWUAAACAACACACAGAAUGCAGGAGCUUGGUGUGCCGAGCAUCAGUUCGCUGUCAGUCAAGACGCAAACCAAUAUUUUUCAAUCGACCUUGGUACACCAACACUCAUUGGUAAGGUGGCCACACAAGGUAUGGAGCACUGGGACAACUGGGUCUACACAUAUGCUCUCAARUAUAGUAUUGACAAUAUCAACUGGAAAAAUUACCCAAGG